CUUCAAUUGCCGGAGUAUUUUUCUUUCUCUCUCUAAGAAUCUCAUCUCAUUUCUGUAAUGGAGAUCUUCAAUGAUUGUUCAUGUAAGAUGGGAGAUUACAUCGGUACUGAGAGCUGUGUCGAUCUCGGAAUCGAGAUCGGUAACGAUGAGAAGAUCGGCGACGGCGUCGGCGUCGGCGGAGAUGUUACGCGUCAGAUAUCGUCGGAGUUGAAGAGGAAGGAGAAGACGAAGAAGAAUUAUCCGCCGCCGAUUCCAUUACUUGCUCGGACGGAGAAUCUAGCGGCGCAUAUGCCAUGGAAUUUACGAAGGUAUUAUACUGACGAUGGUAGAUUGAUUAUUGAAAGAGAGAAAGUUCGUCAUCAUGAGUAUUUUCAAGCUUAUCGCUCCGGCGGACGGUUAACUCUUUGGUUAGUUCCUUUGGACGACGUCGUUUAUCCGAAUCAGCCUCCGUCGCCGGAGGCGGAUGCGGUUACCGAUGAGAAGGACGGUCAGGAUGAAGUAAAAGAUGAUCCGACGGUUGAGAACGAUGAUGAUGAUGAUGGGAAGUUGGUUAUAUCGGGAAGUCCGGCAGGGGGAGCGUGCUGUAAUUUCAGCAGAGAUUUUGAGACGACGUCGUUUUACAAGGUGCCAUCGGUUAGGCCGGUUUAUAUAUAAAACGGCAAUUUCUUUUCUUCCAAUUUUGCGGGUUUUUUUUUAAUAAGUUUUUGAGUUUGUAUGAGGAUUGGAUUUGUUUUUGUA